AGGAUGGAAGUUAGCUUGGCAGUGAGGAGAGGUGGUUAGGACUAGGCGCCUGGGUCCCUACGACCCCAACUCCCCAAAGACGGUGGCAGUGAGCUUUGCCACCCUAACAGCCUAGUGGAUAGCUAAGUUGGCUGCAGAAAGGGAGGCUCUGCACUUCCAUCUGUGUGUCUUGUUCUCUUUCCUCCUUCACCCAUCUUUUCUGUCUCCCCUUGACUAUUUCCCUCACCCCAUUUUCUUCCUAUCACAGCCAGAGCAGAGAGUGGACUCCUUGGGUGGCUCCGACUUGGCCCCUACUGGAGGUAGGCAGAGCAAGUCUAUCAACCCCCCCCCCCCCACACCAAACUUUGAAAACUGACUUAUUCUAUCCUGAGCAAGGUUUAAACACUCUCCUGGCCUCCAAACGCUAUUUCAGGCCAACCACAACACAACUAGGAGAACUACCCAGAACUAGAGGAGGUGGGACUGCUUUAGUGCUGUGGGUCUGUCCGUCCCUCUCCUCCUCCCACUACACUGUGGAGGGAGACAGAACUAGGGCCUUCGGGAUCUGCUAGCUCUAGGGGUGUCAGAGAGGUGCUUCAGAUGCCCUCACUGGCCCCUGGCCCCUCCUGCCCCACCCCCACCCCAGGAACACUCCAACCCCUGCCCUCCGCUUGCAAGUCUGCCUGACUCCCUGUCCCAUGGUGAGUCCCUCUUCCCUCCUCCGGGUCCUCCCUCAGUCUCUUGGCCAAAGCCUGUGAAGUGUCUCUCUCAGACCAGCCCCAGGCCCCGGGGAUGAGGGUGUCCUCUGCGCCAGGGUGCGGGCAUCUGGAGGAGUGGAGGAGCAGAAAGCCCUCUGCUCCCCAAGAGUUCUCCAGCUCUGAGCCCAGAACUGCGGGAGGAAGAAGAGAUGAGUGGGGGCGGGGUGAGUCUGCCGGAGCGGGCCGUGCCGGGCUGGGCUGACCCCUCCCCAGCCGGGGGCGGGACCCCAAGAGGAGUGAGGGAGCAGAGCCGCUGGGGAACAUCUGACACAGGAGAGGCGAUAUGGCGGGAACGAGUGUCGGGGCCCGCUUCUACCGGCAGAUCAAGAGACAUCCCGCGCUCAUCCCGAUGAUCGGCUUCAUUGGUCUGGGAAUGGGCAGCGCUGCGCUGUACUUGCUGAGACUCGCCCUGCGCAGCCCCGACGUCUGCUGGGACAGAAAGAACAACCCGGAGCCCUGGAACCGCCUGAGCCCCAAUGACCAAUACAAGUUUCUUGCAGUUUCCACCGACUAUAAGAAGCUGAAGAAGGACCGGCCGGACUUUUGAGCUCUCUAGGAUGCGAGGUAGAAGUAAACCACCGUCAGCCAGUCAGCCAGCCGACUCAUUUCUUCCACUCUCUGCCCCCUGCCCCCAGGGCGCCACUCUAGCCACCCCGUCCAGCUGCUGCUUACACAGGCUUCGUUCCCACAGGAGGGGAGGCAGCUCCCCACCCCCUUCCCUUGCUCCCAGCAGCGGAAGCGCCUCUGACCCUCAGCUGGAAUCCCACGAGGGGGAGGAGUUACACUGCGGGUUGACCCAAAAGGCUCAAGCCAGCCCCUCUGCCCCCCUACCCAGCCCUUGCAGGGUGUGGCUCAGGCUACGUGUUGAGCGUGGCCAACGUGAGCCAAGAGCAAGCGGAGGCCUCUCGGUGCCAAGUGACGUGGCGGGCCCCACGUUAGCCCAGGCGCCGGGCGCCAGCGCAGGGGCGGCGCUGCUCUGGCUCGACCGGGCUCGUUGCCUGCCGCCCAGCCAGGCCUGCACGAGGCACCUCCUCGCUCCUCCUUGUGCCCAAGCCCGCUGCCUCCCGCGCCAACAGGCAUCCCCUCCUGCCGCCUCGCACCUGGGCCUCCCCCUGCCAUUCUGCCCCUCCCUUGCUCCCCUCGGUCCCCUGGGAUCAAACAGAAGCAGCCGUGGGCAAAAUACAAUUUCAUUUAACAAAUUGAA